CACAAGAACAGCCGUUUCCCAUGCAUGUCUGGAUUAUAUAGGAUAAAGACAGUUAAGAAGUCACCACUUGAAUUCCCUACCUGCCCCAUCCUUUCUCCUCUGCUUGUUCCUAUUCACUUGUUGCCAGGAUUUGAUAGGCUUUUGUUCCAGUGUUUUACCACAUUGGGCUCUUCAGAUUGGGGCAGGACCCAGCCUUGGGCCUUGAACCUCCAGGAACCGCAAACCAAAAAUUGAGCUAUCUCAAUUUUAGGGUCAUCAUAGGGUGUUUUUCCCUAUAUUUUUAUGGAAUAUCCGACUUUACCCCAUCUUAAUUUUGGACUUUUAAAUCUUUAAUUUUGGACUAUUUCUACCCUGGAGUACAGUUCUGCUCAACCCUUGGCUUGUCAUCUAUGUUCUAAUGGAGCAAGCACUCAGCAUGGCUCUCUAUUAGCACACAAGCAGACAGUGAUGGCUGGGUAUUGUGCGGUAGUUUUGGGCUAGUGCCCCUCAGUGGGUAGAACCCAAAACAGGUGAUAUUUGGGGCGUUUAAUCAGCCAUCAGGAAAAAAUUCACUUAAAUAUACGCCCAACAUUUCUCUGUGCCACCUUUGUCUCACUCACCCUGCCAUUUCAGUCUGAUCAGAGAAAUAAAAUGAAAAUGGCCGACCACAGAAAGUCUAGCUGUCUUCGACUGUCCUAUCAUCCACGAUGGCAGCCACAAUCUUCUGCUGAAAAGAGACAACAUAAAACAUCAAAGCACAAAGCGAAAGGCACAGGACAGCCAGCAGACCCCCUGUCCUCUACCUCAGUGCUACGUAGUUACAGCUGCUGGUUUUUACUUCCAUUAUUUUUUAUAUCAUCCCUGCCCUGUGAGGCCUGGGGCGCAACCUUUAAAAUCGCCAUUGUAGGACCAUGGGCGUGUGACCCCAUAUACUCCAAAGCCCUUCCAGACCUAGCUGCCCGUUUGGCCACAAGUCGCAUCAACAAAGACCCUGAGCUUAACAAAGGCUACUGGUUUGAUUACACACUUAUCAAUGAGGACUGCACAAGCUCCAGAGGCCUGGCACGCUUUGUCGAGCUAGAGGGUUAUGGUUCGGCCUUUCUCGGUCCAGCAAACCCUGGGUACUGCACUUCUGCUGCCCUCCUGGCCAAAAACUGGAACAAGGGCAUCCUGUCCUGGGCUUGCUUGAAGCCCGACAUGAACGAUGGAAUGUAUCCCACGUUUCUCCGACCGCUUCCGCUGUCAUCUCGGGUGCUCUUCACUGUGUUGCGAUUUUUCCGGUGGGCCCAUGUUGGGAUUAUAACAGCAGAGAACAACAUGUGGGAAGCCACUGGGCACGAACUUGCAGCAUCCUUGCGUACUCUCGGUCUGCCAGUUGGCAAUGUCGUUACAAUGGAAAUGGAUAAGGAGGGACCACGACGAGCCCUAAAAUCAAUACGGGACACAGAUCGCGUAAGAGUUGUCAUCAUGUGCAUGCACUCUGUUCUGAUUGGUGGAGAGGAACAGUAUCGGCUGCUAACCACAGCAAUGGACAUGAGAAUGAUCGAUCGAGGCUAUAUCUUCAUUCCAUAUGAUACCCUGCUCUAUUCACUGCCAUAUAAAAAUGUGAGCUAUCCAAUCCUAGCUAAUGACACCAAACUGCGACGUGCAUAUGAUGGGGUUUUAACAGUAACCAUGGACCAAGGGGAACAGAAUUUCUAUGAAGCUUUUAAUGAAGCACGCAACUCCUAUGACAUCCGCACCAGCAUGCAGGCUGAAGAGGUUUCUCCAUUUUUCGGGACUAUCUAUAAUAUGCUCUACUAUAUAGCCAUGGCUGCAGAGCAGAGUCGACUGACAGGUGGAGGCCGAUGGGUGUCAGGUGAAGCGCUGGCCCAGAAUAAGGGUGGAUUCGAAUUUAAUGGCUUUAACCAGAAGAUAUCAGCGGGUACCAAUGGAGAGGGGAUGCAGGCACGCUACGCCGUCCUUGACACAGAUGGCUUUGGGUCAAUCCUGUACCGUACACAUCUCCUGGAAGCGCCACACACUUUUGGAAAAUACGGAGGGGUUAAAUACUUGGGGAAAUCAAUUCAUUUUGCAGGAGCGUCUCCAAGUAGGGACUCAAUCUGUUGGUUCAGCCCUUAUAUUGCUUGUAGUGGAGGUAUGGAUGGAGUGACCCUCUUCUUAGUCUUUUUGUUCUGUGUAUUGGUGGGUGGAGCAGUUAUCUGUUUUCUCCAUAUAAGGAAAUACGGGCAGGUGGGAAUAUUAGAAGGAUUUGGUGAAGGAGGAGCUGCAAACCCCACUAAGAUAAUUCUGACACUGGAUGACUUGGUCUUUAUCAACACCACACUAAGCAGGAGGAAGCUGAAUGAGGAGAGUAUGGUGAAAAGUCAACCAGAUGUUAAAACCCCACAUCAUUCAGUUUCAGGUCGCAGUUACAUGGCAUCAACUCCUGAAACAUCUAAUGUUGCUGUAUUUGAGGGUGACUGGGUUUGGCUGAAGAAAUGUCACUGUGAUGGAAAUGUAUCAGACAUCACGGACAGCACGCAAGCUGUCUUUAUCAAGCUCAGAGACAUGCGGCAUGAAAAUCUGAACCUGUUUCUGGGCCUGUUUUUGGAUUCUGGCAUAUUUGGCCUUGUAACAGAGCACUGUACCCGAGGCAGCCUGGAAGACCUGCUCAACAACGAAGAAAUGAGACUGGACUGGAUGUUCAAAUCUUCUCUGCUCCUUGACCUGAUCAGGGGAAUGAAGUACUUGCAUAAUCGUGGAAUUAUUCAUGGACGUUUGAAGUCAAGGAACUGUGUGGUCGAUGGACGGUUUGUUCUGAAGGUUACAGAUUAUGGCUUCAAUGAAAUCAUCCACACGCAAAGCAUCAUCAUGGACGACACGAAACCUGAGGAUCUGUUUUGGACAGCUCCUGAGAUCCUACGAGAUCCUCGGCUAAAGAAGAAAGGAACAUUCCCAGCAGAUGUGUACAGCUUUUCCAUUAUCAUGCAGGAGGUGAUCUCCCGCUGUGCACCUUUCUGCCUGCUGGACAUGCCCCCUGAAGAGAUAAUAGAUAAGGUGCGCUCCCCUCCUCCAUUGUGUCGGCCUACUGUAUCUAUGGAUGAAGCUCCACUAGAGGUGAUUCAGAUUAUGAAGCAGUCCUGGAGUGAGGAGCCUAACAAGAGGCCUACAUUUGAGGAGAUCUUCAGACAGUUUAAGAAUGUGAACAAGGGAAAGAAGACAAAUAUAAUUGACUCAAUGUUGCGCAUGCUGGAGCAGUACUCCUCUAACCUGGAGGAUCUGAUCCGAGAAAGAACUGAAGAAUUAGAGGUAGAACGUCAAAAAACAGAUGCCCUCUUAGCUCAGAUGCUACCCAAGUCCGUGGCCUUGGCAUUAAAGACGGGAAAGCCGGUUAAACCAGAGCACUUUGCAGAAGCAACGUUGUAUUUUAGUGAUAUCGUGGGUUUCACCACCAUCUCUGCUCUAAGUGAACCUAUCGAGGUGGUGGAUCUCCUCAACGACCUUUACACGCUCUUCGAUGGAAUUAUUGCAAUCCAUGAUGUCUACAAGGUAGAGACUAUUGGUGAUGCGUACAUGGUGGCAUCAGGGGUUCCAAAUCGUAACGAUAACCGGCACGCAGCAGAGAUGGCCAACAUGUCUCUGGACAUUUUGCAUUGCAUUGGGACCUUUAAAAUGAGGCACAUGCCUGACGUCAAAGUCAAAAUCCGCAUCGGACUCCAUUCUGGUCCAGUGGUAGCGGGUGUAGUUGGAUUGAAGAUGCCUCGAUACUGUCUGUUUGGGGACACAGUAAACACAGCUUCCCGAAUGGAAUCCACAGGGUUGCCUUACAGAAUUCAUGUCAACCAGAGUACUGUUGAUGUUCUAAACAGCCUAAAACUUGGCUACAAAAUCACUUCUAGGGGAAGGACAGAAUUGAAGGGUAAAGGUGUAGAGGAAACAUAUUGGUUGGUUGGAAGGGCCGGUUUUGACAAGGCAUUACCUGUACCUCCAGACCUUACUCCUGGGGCAAGCAACCAUGGCAUUAGUUUAGAUGAGAUUCCUAUAGACAGGCGACAGAAAUUCUUGGAUCGGCAGAAGAAGAUGGGAAAUUGAUGGAUGUGAUGAUUCUGUAUCAGCCAUACUGGAGUCAGGAAAUCUCAGCAAUAGGGGAAUGAGAAGGGUAAAUUAUGGUGUUACCCUUUCUCAACACGAUCCAUUCCCCAUGGAGAGGAAGAGUUGACCUGGACAUCUGACAAGCACCACAAAGACUUGCUGAAAACAUCUGCUUAACAAGUCAGCAUGAACCAACUGCUUUGGAUUCUCACAGAGGACUUUUUUUUAAAACUAUGUAAGGAUUACACUGCAAAUCAUCGAAUAUUAAAUAAUGAAUGCUAAAGACAAUGCUGAAAUCACAGUUCAUCAAGACAAAUGAGGAAACGAGGACAUGACAUCCAUCUCUACAGUGUUUUCUUCAGUUUAUUCAAACUACUACUAAGAUAUUUUCUUUUUUGUUUGUUGUUUCUUUAUAAAACUUAAAUUAAACAAAAAACAAGAAAUUGGUGCUUGUUUAUAACGCACGGGCACCUGACAAUUUAGUUGAAAAUAAUCCCAGUAAUAUCAAUGCGCUGGAAUUAUUCAAACCACUAGAACUACUUUUUCCUAGAAUGCCACAUGUAAAUUAGGGGUUAGUUAAAAAAGCAGCUUUCAUUUCUGCACGAAAAUAAUCAUUCAUUUUCAAUAAUGAGGUACUGUUUGGCCUUUGUAUAAUUUGAAUGGAAUUAAUAGCAAUUUUCAUGAUCAGGCAAAUAUACUUAAACACUUUUAAACCCAUGAUUCAAUAGCAGACAGGUACUUGGAUUCAUCUGAGUGGCUUUAUACUCCAGUUAAGAAUAAGCGAUACAUUGAAAAGGAAACUCAUUUGAGUGUAGUAAAAUCAAAUUGUCAGGUUUACAGUGACAUGGCACAUAUUUUCAUAUUCAGCUUAUCCAAUGUGUAAUGUCAAACACUACAUCCUGAGUCCUGACGUGCAAUCUAUUAUUACCAACAAGAAAAUGUAUCUUGCCCUAUUUUGUCUGCUUAUACAGUUGAUACAUAUUUGCCCCAAAUUGUUUUUUUUGUAUUUGCAUUGUGUAAAGCAUUUCAUAAAGAGAGGAAUUAAAAUUAUACUCUAAAUAUCUUCAUUAAAUUUGAGGAUUUGGCACCUGUGGCUUUACAGGAUAAUCCUCUGUCAACUGAUACAUCCACCACAAUCUGUAGGUCAUCAAAUGAAACACUCAGGGAGCCAAGUGUACAAUUACAGUAGAACGUAGCUGCAUUUCAAUUGUAAAUCUCACCAUUUUAUCUUGUUGUCAGUGAUUGUGUAAAUAAAAGGUGGUUUAGUGGG